UCCAUCACGGUCACUCUAAUUCGCAUAUGUAUACAAUUGGCAUUUUGUUGUGUGUGAAAAAUUAAUAUAUUUGCAAAUAAAUUAUCAAAAUCGUGUGAAUAAGUUCCUACGUAACAAGCACAAUCGAGCUUAACCCCGCCCAAUUACAUAUCCACCGAAGUCGCACAUUGAAUCAGUUCAAAAGGUCUAUUCAGGUUUUGCGACUGUGAGUCACUGUUCAGAUUUCCCCACCCAAAAAAUAAUAAGACAACCGUCUUGCUUCGCAACCACUUGCUAAGCGUAUAAGUCGUCUCAUCAAAUAUUCCCGAAAUGGCCGCCGUAGAGAAUGCCGAACCGCGCACGGAACUGCAGGAGCUGCAGUUUAAGUCAGGUCAGGUGGCUGAUGAAUCCCUGGAAAGCACGCGCCGAAUGCUCAGUCUUAUGGAUGAGAGCAAGGAAGCGGGAAUCCGGACACUAGUGGCUUUGGAUGACCAGGGCGAGCAGUUGGAUCGGAUUGAGGAGGGCAUGGACCGAAUUAACGCGGACAUGAGGGAGGCGGAGAAGAACUUGAGUGGCAUGGAAAAGUGCUGUGGCAUCUGCGUUCUGCCCUGGAAAAAGGUAAACAUCAAGGACGACGGAGAGAGCGCUUGGAAGGCCAAUGACGAUGGCAAGAUCGUUGCCAGCCAACCGCAGAGGGUUAUUGAUGAGCGGGAGCGCGGCGGAAUGGGUGCUCCAGCGCAGUCGGGCUAUGUGGCCAGAAUCACAAAUGAUGCACGCGAGGAUGAAAUGGACGAGAACUUGGGACAAGUCAACUCUAUGCUGGGCAAUCUGCGCAACAUGGCUCUCGACAUGGGCUCUGAGCUAGAGAACCAAAAUAAACAAGUGGACCGCAUCAAUGCUAAGGGCGAUGCGAACAACAUUCGCAUGGACGGCGUCAACAAACGCGCCAAUAACCUGCUCAAAAGUUAAAUAUGCACAAAGGACACGUCCCUAAUCAAUAGUAAACACGAUAGCCAGUCACCUCCGCUUCUAUCUUGUUAGGGAAACGAACCAAUGUUGUGGGCACAAACCGUAGCAGGUGGCAUUGCGUUAUUUAUACCAUAUAUUAUAUACAUAUACAAGUAGCCACCAGUAACAGCUCCUGGCAGACACAAGCGUAAUAAGACCCAUUUACUUACAAGCACUACGAGCUGACGUCUAGCCGGAUGAACUAACUACUUUCUACAACUAUAUAUAUACGCGAUCCAAAAUACUAACUACUUACUAUUACUACACUCGUGUACAAAUGGCAACAACCAGUUGCCGGAAACCAUUUAUUAUGAGAUUUACCGUAUGAU